UCCUUCUCCCAAGCACUCGCUUUCUCCGUGUCACCUCCUGCGUUGUUAUUGCUUCUUUGGUUGCGGGUGGGUGGCUGUAAUCAGCCUCGCCCCCACACCACUUGCUUGCUUUGGGGCUAUCCUAUUCACCAGCUAAGCGCCCACCUGCAUGUUCUCUCUGAUCGAUAUCCUUCUGCAAGUUGUUUCUUUUUUUUUUCAUUCUUACCUACUCAAUCCCAUGUCAUGUCCUGUUCGUCCAGAAACUGAUCACAGCCGGUUGCUGUGACUACUCUCGAAGAAAUGACGACUAUGGAUUUGCGUGUCGGUAACAAGUACCGCAUCGGCCGUAAGAUUGGAAGCGGUAGUUUCGGUGAUAUCUACCUUGGAACCAACAUCAUCUCCGGUGAGGAGAUUGCUAUCAAGCUCGAAAGCGUCAAGGCCAAGCACCCUCAGCUCGAAUACGAGGCCCGUGUCUACAAGUCCCUGGCCGGUGGUGUCGGUAUUCCGUUCGUGCGUUGGUUCGGUACCGAAUGUGACUACAAUGCUAUGGUCAUCGAUCUGCUCGGUCCCAGUUUGGAGGACCUAUUCAACUUUUGCAACCGCAAGUUCUCGCUGAAGACUGUGCUCCUUCUCGCCGAUCAGCUUAUCUCUCGUAUCGAAUACAUCCACGCCAAGUCUUUCAUCCACCGUGAUAUCAAGCCCGACAACUUCCUGAUGGGUAUCGGAAAACGUGGCAACCAGGUCAAUGUGAUUGAUUUCGGUUUGGCCAAGAAGUACCGCGACCCCAAGACUCACUUCCACAUUCCCUACCGUGAGAACAAGAACCUCACUGGAACUGCUCGUUACGCCAGUAUCAACACCCACUUGGGUGUCGAGCAAUCUCGCCGUGAUGACAUGGAGUCUCUCGGCUAUGUCAUGCUUUACUUCUGCCGUGGUACUCUUCCUUGGCAGGGUCUGAAGGCUGCUACCAAGAAGCAGAAGUACGACCGUAUCAUGGAGAAGAAGAUGACAACGCCCACCGAGGUCCUGUGCCGUGGUUUCCCCAAUGAGUUCUCCAUCUACCUCAACUACACUCGUUCCCUGCGUUUCGAUGACAAGCCGGACUACUCCUACCUCCGCAAGAUCUUCCGCGACCUUUUCGUUCGCGAGUCCUUCCAAUAUGACUACGUCUUCGAUUGGACCGUCUACAAAUACCAGAAGAACGCCGCCAUGAUUGUGGACGCCGGAAAGAAGGACAAGGAGGCCGAGGACCAGCAGCGCCGUCAGGGUGUUGCCGCUGCUGCACCUAUGGGUACUCCCGGUGCUGCCGCCAAGCCUGGUGCCAUCUCCAGCCAGCGCCGCAAGGUCAUCGAACGCGGAACUCUGGACAACACCCCGGACACCAACCGUGCUGUCGGAGGGAGUGACAGGAUUCUUCGGCGUUAGGCUGCGUUCUGCUUCAAGGGUUGCUGCUUCAGGUGCUUUUGCCGCCCGUAGCCGUACGAAGCAGGACGAUGGGUACGGUGCUCAG